AUGCCAUCUCCUACCUCACCCCCGAAGCCAAUCACUGUUCCUUCAUUAAAUAUCAUCACCUCUAGUGCUUCUCCUGAAUCGUCCAGCACCAAGCGAAGGGGGCGAAGCGGCAGUAUCGUUGCUGUGCAAGAAGUGGCAGGAGACCAGCAGGACCUGCUGGACCAAAGCGCCUUCGGGAACAUCAAUGCGGAUUGGGUUAACUCUAAGGGAGCAUGGCUGAUACACCCCGUACUCAUCUUUACUGGGAAGAUAAUGAUUGAUUCGAUUCCUGGGAUGCACCAGAACACAAGCUGGACCAUCGUGAAUCUGAGCUACAUGACCCUUUCCUACCUUAUGUUUCACUAUGUCACUGGCAUACCAUUUGGUGCUGACUCCCAUGGUGGUGCAUACGAUGACUUGACGUUGUGGGAGCAAAUCGACGAGGGUGCUCAAUACACGCCUGCUAAGAAAUGGCUUUUUUGCACUCCAAUAGCGUUGUUCCUCAUCUCCACGCAUUACACGCAUUACGACCCUUGGGCUUUCGCCAUUAACUUCACGGCGCUUAUUGUUGUUUUGAUACCCAAGCUCCCCCAGUUCCACCGCCAGCGGUUACGUUUUGUAGAACCAGAAACACCUGGGGCAGUGACUCCAAAGACUCCGUUAGGGGCCAGCGGUCGAACGACACCAACACCUUCAAAUUACUAGGUCCCAUAUGCGCAGUG